CUUGAACAAAGCUUAUUUUUAUUGUUGCAGUUGCAUUCCUGAAUGAUAGAGGGCGACAUACACAGUAUGUCUCAGUAAACGUUUCUUGGUAUUGUAUUUUACGGUUAGAGAUGUGUCAUCACCAAAACACUAAGUAAAGGGUGGAUAAGUGAAAUCUGACAGUAACAGAGAGUACAUUUAUUGUUCUAACGACAUCUCUGGAAACUGUUACGGAUAACAACAGAAAGGAUCGCUUUGGACUCUUGUCUCAGUACUGUACUCCUAGAUUAGGACUAGCUAACUUUAUCAUCCUGCAACGUUGUUGUUUCCCUGUUGGACUGCAGUUGCUAACUAGCUAGCCUAUUGCUGGCUAAUUCCCUGUAUCCGCUCUGGUCGGGACGGGGUCGAAAUGUCCUGCUGCCUGCUCGAGUUCUGUCGGGUCCAAGAACUCAAAGCAGUCCGGGAGUUUUUGUUCCAGAACCAGCAAAAUACCUCUCCAUCAGAGGAUAAGAAAGCAGAGAAUGAGCUGGCCUGGGAUGACUCAGACUGGGGCUCGUGGGAUAACCCUGAGGCCAAAGAAGAAGAUGGCAACACGGGCAUGGACGAGGCGGACAGUGCAGCCGUGAGCGCCCCCUGGCUGCAGGACUGUGUGGUGUCUCUGUCGCCCUGCUCUGACCUCAUGGUCAUUGCCAAAAACCACAAGGCUGUGUUUCUCUCGGUGAAGUGGCGGACAGAUGACGGAGGCAGAGAGGAGAUGAAUCUGGCUGUAUCCUGGAGUGGAACUCUCAGCACAGAGGAAGGGGAGAGUAUCAGCAGCGUCAUAUGUAUACCUCUGGCCAGUCAGAAGAGGAGUUCCACCGGCCGGCCAGACUGGACCUGUGUUGUAGUGGGCUUCUCCUCCGGCUAUGUUCGCUUCUACACCGAGACUGGGGUCCUACUCUUAGCCCAGCUGUUGAACGAGGACCGUGUCCUGAGGCUUAAGUGUCGCACCUACGAGAUCCCUCGCCACCCUGGGGUAACUGAGCAGCACGAGGAGCUCAGCAUACUCUACCCAGCAGCCCUGGUCACCAUCGAUGGCUUCAGCCUGUUUCAGUCUCUACGUGCAUGCAGAAACCAAGUGGCUCGAGCUGCAGCGGCUGGUAGUGAGGUGGUCCAGCCUCCUCCUCUGGCCUAUAAGAAGUGGGGUCUUCAGGACAUGGAUGCCAUCGUAGACCACAGCAGCGUGGGGAUAAUGACACUGUGUGUGUUUGACCAGAUGAAGAACGCGUCUAUCCUGGGGGGUUUCCAUGCAUCCGUGAAGGGCAACCCCCCUGCUAUGAGUCAGCACAUCACGGUCGGGGGAGGGCCCUACACAGGCUUCUACUACGCCAUAGAGGGCAGUUCCCAGCCCCUCCUCUCCCAUGUGGCUUUGGCUGUAGCCAGCAAACUCACAUCAGCCUUAUUCAGUGCCGCCAGUGGUUGGCUGGGGUGGAAGAAACAGAGUGAAGAGGAGACCACUCAGAAACAGAGGCCAAAGGUGGAGCCUGCCACACCCCUGGCAGUCAGAUUUGGUCUCCCAGACUCGCGCCGUCACGGCGAAUCCAUCUGCCUGUCCCCCUGUAACACCCUGGCCGGGGUCACGGACGACUUCGGCAGGGUCAUGCUGCUGGACGUUGGCCGAGGGAUUGCCAUCCGCAUGUGGAAGGGUUACCGGGACGCACAGCUGGGUUGGGUACAGGUGUCUGAGGGAAGAGGGGAGCGCGAGUCCUCCCCCUCAGCUCCCCUCCCACGACGCCACGCCCAGUUCCUGGUGAUCUACGCCCCGAGGAGAGGCAUCCUGGAGGUGUGGGGCACACAGCAGGGCCCCAGAGUAGGAGCCUUCACUGUCGGGAAACACUGCAGAUUGCUGUAUGCUGGCUACCGUCUGAUGGGAGUUAAUAGUGUGACCAGUCAGGGCUGGCAGCUCCACACACAACAGGUGUGUCUGUUUGACCCUGCUACCGGAGCCCUCCGCACAAUCACCGUCCCCUUCCAUCUGGCCCUCAGUGACAAGAAGAGUGAGAGGGCGAAGGACAUGCACCUGUUGAAGAGGCUCACCGCGCUUCUGAAGAACCGGGAGCUGGACCCUGAUAUACUGGAGAGCGAGGCCCAGAGUAUACUGCUGGACAUCAAACACCCUGCCAUUAAGAAACAGGCUCUGGAGUCUCUGCUUGCCAAUAAAAGUGCGCCUGUCUCCUGUCUGACCAGCAUCACUGGCUCCUUACUGGCCAGUCUCAAGGCCCAAGAUCCUGAGGCAGUAGAUGAAGUGUUGUUUCAGUUGUGUUCCUCCCAGCUGAAACUGCUCCAGCUCUACACAGACAUUCACCAGCUCCACUUUACUGUGGAUACCACAAACACACACUUUGAACCUUGGGAGGGUGCAGAGGGAUUGGAGGAGGAACUGGCCCGUGUCUCCAUCACCCUGCAGCGUUACACACAGCUCACCUCCGGCUCUCGACACUCCGUCUCAUUCGCUCAGGACUCCCCCGACGCAUCACUUCCUGUCCAGACCUUUCUGUCCCAGAUGGAUUGCGAGGGAGGGAAGAUCAGUGUGGCCCCCGGGCCCGAUGCAGAAUGGACACAGCUGGGGAGCUUCCUGUUCUGGGGCUGCCUGACAGGAAAGGUCCCUCUACAGAAGGUCUGCGAUAAACUGCAGGAGACAGGGAUCAGUCCACAGCAGCUCCUGUCUCUGCUGCUGAGUGUCUGGCUACACAGAGAGAAGGAAGUGCUGAAGCGACCGGACACCGCCAGGCACCUGCACACUCUACUCACGGCACUCAGCUCUAUGAAAGGCGCGGUGGAAGAGUCUUGGGACGUGCAGUGUGUCUCCCCCUGGUGGCAGCAGGUGCGAUCUGCGUGUGUUCAGUCCCACAGUGCCGCAGCCGCCCUGCUGGCUGCCAUAGUGUCUCACCACGCUGCCAAGGCCAACAUCACCAGCCUGGCCCAAGCCAAGUUCCAGUCGGAGUGGGAGGCGGUGUCGUUGGAGUUGGAACAGUGGGCGGUGUGUGUGAGACAGCUAGAGGACGUGUUGGCUCUGCAGACACUGCUGUGUAUGCCUCCCCCUCAGGGAUCACCAGGGGGUGCCACACCACACUGCUCAGUUAAAUCCUUGCUGGAGGGUGGCAGAGGCGGUAUAGCAGACAGUGUGGCUAAGUGGGUAUUCAGGCAGGCCCUGGCCCCUGGACAGCUAAAAGACAUGCUCCAGCAGAGGGGGGAGACUGACACCACAGAACAGCCACUCCAGGGGGAGGGAGAGAAGAGCCACGAGGAUGCAGAUUUCAACACGGCAGCAGAGCUGCUGGUGUCUGUAUGUCAGCGUUUCCCAGAUUCCCUCUCUCCUGACCUGCUGUUUGCCCACUGCUGCUGGGAGUAUGUAGUGCAGUGGAACAAAGACCCAGAGGAGGGGAGGUAUCUGUGUUGGGCUGUGGAACAUCUGAAGCUAGUCUCCAGUCCUCACAUCCAACUGGGUAUCUCCUCAAUGAUGUGGAACACGUUCAUCGUUAAACGUUUUUCAGCUUCUGCUUUCCUCGUAGAAAAGGUGGGAAAGGCCCCUAAAGACCGCCUGUGUCGAAGGGACGUGGGAAUGGGAGACGCCGCCAUGACGUCAUUCAUGGGCUCCUGCGUUCGGCUGCUACAGAUUCUGAUGGAGGUACAGAUUAAAAAAAACGGAUCGAUCCAUACAGUUGGACAGAUUAAGAGGUUGACCUGCAGCACUGCACAGGCGGACUCUGGGGUGGAGGAGGUGACCCCUCCGGAGCUGUGUGUGGAGGAAGUGUGGGGGGGGGCGGAGGGUCCUGCCUCAAUAGCAGAACUGGCAUUGGAGCAGAAGGGUGUUCAUUACCCCCUGGUACAACACCACUGUCUCCUGGCCUCCCUGCUACACGCUGCUAUGACCUUCGGCCUCCGAGUCAAACCACUCAGCCUUUUCGACAGCAAGGGUAAGAAUGCCUUCUUCAGAGACCUGGCGUCCAUCCAGCUGAUGCCCAGUGGAGACAUGGACCCUGGCCUGGUCUCCAUCCGGCAGGAGUUCCUCCUCAGGGUGUUGAACGCCUGGGUGAAGACCCAGGUGGAGGCUGGGGAGGGGGAGGAUCCUGCCGCCGCCCAGAUGGGUUGUGGGUCAGGGGACAAGGCGUGGCCCUCUCUGUGUCUGGACCUGGGGCUGUUGCUGCAGGUCAGCCCCGACAUCCUGCUCAGGCACCUGGUCUGUGAGCUGUACAACCAUGGCCUGGACGCCCGGGCAGAGCAGGUGAUGUUGGAGGUAGAGGAUAAGGACGUGUUGGGCUCCCAGCUGUUGGUUCUGACGGGCCAGAGGCUGAGCUACUCCCUGCUCCACAGUCAGACACAGACCCGGCCGGCCAUGGAGCUGUUGGCACGCCUCCCACCAACACUCUGUACCUGGCUCAAGGCUAUGGACCCCAGUGAACUGGCAUGCCAGUCUGUGCCCCUGACUCGAACCAGCAGGCUGGUUAGCCGCCUUAUAGAGAUUCUACCGGAAAACCACGGCCAGUACAGCCUGGCACUUCAUCUACUGGAGGCUGUGGAAGUCCUGCAGGGAGAAGACUGAGGGGACGGGAGGGGGAUCAGAGAUGACAGAGAGGGGGAGCAGAUACUGGGAGAGGGUACUGGGGGCGGGAGAGAUUAGAAGCUAGAGAAUGGAGACUAGAUGGCUUCUGUGUAAUUCCGGUCCUGCUCUCCUUGCUAGCGUCCAGGACAGGAUCGACUGAGUGCUAGUGUUGAAAAAUGUCCAUAAUCCUAUAUAUUUCCUAUCAUGUACAGUACAGGUGCCCUGUUAUUAAGAAAGAGAGGCUCAUGUGUUGAGUUAGUGUUGAAUUCACAUUAAUUGUAGGGAGAAAAAGAGAAAUGGCUUUUUAUUCAUCUUUUUUGGUAUCCAAUGCUCACUCAUCUUAGGCUUACUUAAAUGAGAAACACAUGGAUUAAUGUUUAAGUCUGCAUUUCUGGAGGGGAUAUGAGGGUGUUGAUGGGCUAUUAUGUUGGAUAUGUAAUUUUCGUGUCACAUUCGACUUUCUGUUCCUAUCUCUCAGCUUAACCGAUCAGCCCCUGUACGUACUGCAGUGUCCUCCCUGAGACUUACGAUCCAGUCAGAGGGGCUGUAUGUGCCAUAUCAUUAUUCAGAAAGCAACCCAUACGUACACCUUGCCCGUCUCUCAGAUUAGUGAUGUGUCACAUCCUGUUGAAAGUAGAAUGAAUAGGUCCUUCUAUUUGUUCGAUUUCUACGUGAGACAGACAGUAUUGAUUCUCUUGUUGUUUUUGGUUAUUUAAACAUGCUGAAUACAUCCGUGCGUUAGCUGUGCCUGUACAUUAUGUUCUGCUGAGAUCUCAAACAUGAGUGCAGACAGACAACGGAAUAAAGAGUUGCAAUGGUCUUCUUUCUGCCUCGGUAGAAGCUGGAAACACCGGUCAUGACCGUCACCUCCAAACGGUAGCAGUCCAGGGCCGGGUUCAGUGUUAAAGGAACGGUGUGCAAUGCUCAUUUGAACAGAAACUACUGAAUAUUGUGGCCUUGGGUUGUCCAGCAGACUAAACAUCUGCCUCUGGUGCACAUGUAUAGCUGUAGCAUGGGUGUACUUUCAGCAAAAUGUUCUCUUUCCUGUCUAAUAAACCAUACGGAAAUAAAUAUGCAACCCAGGUUACA